AUGGUGUCUGCAUCCACUCUUUCCGUUGUUCUGAUCGCCGGACUUGGCCUUGUUUCUGCUUCUGGUAAGUAUAAUCACCUAAAAUUUUUAUUUUUCAAAACCUUUGGCCAAUGAACUCUUCUUGCAACAAAUUUCCCAAAACCAAUCUCUUCAUUUCAAGUUUUUACAAACGUAUUUUUUUGGGAUUUCCUCGCUAAAACUCAAAACUCUUCAGGAUUCUUCGGACACCACGGCUGGGAGCCCCAUCACGACGACCAUCACGGAGAACAUCAUGGCCAUGGCUCCGAUUGGGCCCACGACAACCACGAUGCCCACGGCUGGGAAGGCGACAACUCCCACGAUCACCACGGCAAACACGGCUUCAGCAAGGGCGACGAAUCGGACUGGGCUCGCGUCGAUUACGGAGGUCACAAAGCUCAUGCCUCCGGCGAUGAAUGGCACUCCAACUACGGACACGAGGCUGGAGACGAUCACGGGCACGACGCCGGCUUCUCGCAUGGCGAUGAACAUGGACAUUCAGGUCACGAAAGCUGGGGACAUCAUGACGGACACCAUGGACAUCACGGUCAUCCUUGGUUCUAG